AUGAAUAAUACUGCCAGUACUCAUAGCAUCACUACGACAAGUAAUACCACACCUACUACUGGUGCCACUGCUACUACUACUACUACUAAUACCAAUUCAGUAGUAUGCAAAAGUCCGUCUAGAAAUUAUUCAAUUACUCCACCGAAUCCAGUUCAAAAACGAUUGCAUUUGUUACAGUUUAUUAGUAAAAUUUUACAAUAUUCUUCAUCUGAAUCACCUCUAUUCACUCCUGGCGCUUCUUCUUCUUCCACGUCUUCAUCAUUACCACCAACUUCGAUGUCGUCUAGCCAUCAUCAUCAUCAUCGUUCGUCGGCAUUCACUUCACCAGUUGUUGUCUGUUCCUCCUCCUCUGCGUCUGUCUCCGUUUCAUCAUCUGCCUCAUCAUCAUCAUCCUCACCAUCUAUUUCGACGCCUUUCUAUCCCGUCAAUAAUCAACAAGAUGAAUUGAUUCCACAGUUAUUUACAAUGAAUUCACAAGCUCUUAAUUGUGUUCAAUGGAUUGAUAAACAGGCGCGGAUAUUUCAAAUAAGAAAUCCACAGAAAUUAUCACAACUUUGGGGAUAUUAUCGUAAAAAUGAAAAUAUGACUUUUGAAUCAGUUAGUCGUAGUUUAAGACUUUAUUAUGUAUCCGGGAAACUUGAACGUAUUCGAGGUCAACGCAAUCAAUAUCGAUUUUUAGACGUGAAUAUUUGA